CAUCGAUUGUGGUUCCAUCUCUACAGCCGACGAUUUUACGUCAAAAACGAAUUAAGUUUAUUUAACGUGUAAACGUAUAAAUAAAAAAGCGAACCACAAUGGCAGCGAAGGCGGCACUUCCCCUGCAGAUGUUUGGCCGGCGUCUCGUCCAGCUGAGGUCAUCGGUCACGGCCCAGAACCUGAGCGCCCUUCGUGUGUCCCAUCAGCGGCUGUACAGCACAGAAAAGCAGCCGGAAGAGGCGGCGGCAGGAGCGGCGGAGCAGAAAACGCCCGCAGCCUCGCCAGAAGUGGAGAAGCUCACCAAGGAUCUGGCCGCCGCCAAGGAACAGAACGCCGAGCUGCUGGACAAGUACAAGCGGUCCCUCGCCGACAGCGAGAACAUGCGCAACCGACUGAACAAGCAGAUCAGCGACGCCAAGAUCUUCGGCAUCCAGAGCUUCUGCAAGGACCUGCUCGAAGUGGCGGACACCCUGGGCCAUGCCACGCAGGCGGUGCCCAAGGAUAAGCUCAGCGGCAACGCUGACUUGAAGAACCUGUACGAGGGCCUCACCAUGACUCGCGCCUCGCUGCUGCAAGUGUUCAAGCGACAUGGCCUGGAACCCCUGGAUCCCAUCAACCAGAAGUUCGACCCCAACCAGCACGAGGCUCUGUUCCAGAAGGAGGACAAGACCGUCGAGGCCAACACCGUGGUGGAGGUGACCAAACUGGGCUACAAACUGCAUGAGCGUUGCAUACGGCCCGCCUUGGUGGGCGUGUCCAAGUGUUGAUAGCCAAGCGGCUGCCCAGCGGCGUGCGAAAUUCCCAGUCCCCCCCGAAUUCCCC